AUGAGCACAUCUCCACCACCAUAUUCUUCAGAGUCUCAUCAAGUUGAGGUACCUGUUAUUGUCUUACCGGUAGUAUAUUUCAAACUUGUCAAAUAUGAUAAACCUUACUUCGAAUUUUGUCCAGUGUGUAUGAAAAUCGUCAAAACCCAAAUCCGACAUGUUCUUGGUAGUGUGUGGUAUGCCCUUCUCAUCAUUGGUGCUGCAUUUCUCCUCAUCCCAUUUUUAUUAUGCUUACUCUGGUCUAGAACAAAAGACGUCCGACAUUAUUGCCCGAAUUGUAAUGCAUUUUUGGCACAUACAAAAAGAUUUGGAGAUGGAGAGAAAGAUAUCGAGUUUAAACUACCAAAUGUUGAUUUUAAUAAUGUUUUCACGAUUGGAUCCCAUUCUAAAAUGGAUAAUAAGAUUUAUAAGUUGUGA